AUGGGGGCUUUUCUAUCUGUAUCCGGCCACGGCCACUCCUCCCACCCCGAGCACUGCGCUCGCUUUAAUCGCGUCGACCGCAACGACUCCCCGCCGUCGCCGUGCAGGAUGUGCAAGCUGAACGUGGAGACCGGCGCGGCGGCCUAUCGCUGCUCGGAGCCCGGCUGCGACGUCGUCCUCCACGACGCCUGCUACCGACGCCCGACGACGCUCAAGCGCCACUUCGGGCACCCGCAGCACCGCCUCACCCUGGGCGCCGACACCCGCGCCGGCCUCUCGUGCAGCCUCUGCGCCCAGCCGCUCGGCACGCCAACCGUCGCCUACAGCUGCGCUCACAGCAGGUGCGCCGGUUUCAGCGCUCACCCGCGCUGCUGCAACCUCCCGAGGAGCAUGACCACGCCGCCGGACCUGCACGAGCACACCAGGCUUGUCCUGCGCCCUCCGUCGGCGCCGGGUGGGAACAGUGGCAACAGCGAGGCGCGGCCGCGGCGAAUAUGUCUCAAGUGCGGGAAGACGGCCACGACCGCGGGGCGGAAGGCCGCACCGUGGUCGUACCAGUGCCCCAAGUGCGCCGGUGUGGAGUACUGUCUCGCGUGCGUGCUCGGCAACGACGACGGUAGCACCGUGCGGUGCUGCUGCUUGCCGUGCUGCGCCGUCGACCCUGCAGGCGUGCACUGUGUUGGGUAUUUGGCCGGGGCGCUCUUGUGUGGGUUCUUGUCUGGAAUGGGAUGCCCGGGCAUCCCAACUCAGCCGUACCCCGGCGACAUGGAACUUACUCCCAGAUACCGAACGUGA